AUGACGGCGUGCGCCCUCCCCGCGGGUGGGUGUCCGGACCCCCGGCGCCGCGCCCCCGCGCGGCGGGUUCCAUCCCCGCCCGGCGUCCCCCGGGCCCUGCCGCUGCUUCUGCUGCUCCUGCCGCCCUCCGCCCGGCCCGCCGUCUUCACAGUGGGGGUGCUGGGCCCCUGGGCCUGCGACCCCAUCUUCGCGCGCGCCCGCCCGGACCUGGCCGCCCGCCUGGCCGCCGCCCGCCUGAACCACGACCCUGCCAGGGCAGGGUCCCCCCGCUUCGAGGUCGCGCUGCUGCCCGAGCCGUGCCGGACGCCGGGCUCCCUGGGGGCGGUGUCGUCCGCGCUGGGCCGCGUCUCGGGCCUCGUGGGCCCGGUGAACCCCGCGGCCUGCCGGCCGGCCGAGCUCCUGGCCCAGGAGGCGGGGGUCACGCUGGUGCCCUGGGGCUGCCCCGGGACGCGGGCGGCGGGCACGACGGCCCCCGCGGUGACGCCCGCGGCGGACGCCCUCUACGCUCUCCUCCGCGCCUUCCGCUGGGCGCGCGUGGCCCUGGUCACCGCGCCCCAGGACCUGUGGGUGGAGGCGGGACGCGCCCUGUCCGCCGCGCUCAGGGCGCGGGGUCUGCCCGUUGCCCUGGUGACCACCAUGGAGCCGUCGGACGUGUCCGGGGCCCGGGAGGCCCUGAGGAGGGUCCAGGACGGGCCCAGAGUCAGAGCCGUGAUCAUGGUGAUGCACUCGGUGCUGCUGGGCGGCCAGGAGCAGCGCUGCCUGCUGGAGGCCGCCGAAGAGCUGGGCCUGGCCGACGGCUCCCUGGUCUUCCUGCCCUUUGACACGCUCCACUACGCCCUGUCACCGGGCCCCGAGGCCUUGGCCGCCCUGGCCAACAGCUCCCGGCUUCGCAGGGCCCACGAUGCGGUGCUCACCCUCACGCGGCACUGUCCCCCCGGGGGCAGCGUGAUGGACAGCCUGCGCAGGGCCCAGGAGCGCCAGGAGCUGCCCUCUGACCUGGAUCUGCCGCAGGUGUCCCCACUCUUCGGCACCAUCUACGACGCGGUCUUCCUGCUGGCGGGGGGCGUGGCGCGAGCGCGGGCGGCCGCAGGGGGCGGCUGGGUGUCCGGAGCAGCGGUGGCCCGCCACAUCCAGGACGCCCAGGUCCCCGGCUUCUGCGGGGCCCUGGGAGGAGCCGAGGAGCCCCCGUUUGUGCUGCUGGACACGGACGCGGCGGGGGACCAGCUGUUCGCCACAUACGUGCUGGACCCCACCCGGGGCUCCCUCCGCUCCGCUGGGACCCCGGUGCAUUUCCCUAGAGGGGGAGGAGGACCCGGGCCUGACCCCUCGUGUUGGUUCGAGCCAGACAUCAUCUGCAACGGAGGAGUGGAGCCCGGCCUCGUCUUUAUCGGCUUCCUCCUGGUGGUUGGGAUGGGGCUGACAGGGGCCUUCCUGGCCCAUUAUGUGAGGCAUCGUCUGAUUCACAUCCAGAUGGUCUCUGGCCCCAACAAGAUCAUCCUGACUCUGGACGAUAUCACUUUCCUCCACCCGCAAGGGGGCAGCUCUCGAAAGGUGGUCCAGGGGAGCCGAUCGAGUCUGGGUGCACACAGCGUGUCAGACGUUCGCAGCGUCCCCAGCCAGCCCGCGGACAGCGCCAACGUUGGCCUCUACGAGGGAGACUGGGUUUGGCUGAAGAAAUUCCCAGGGGAUCAGCACAUAGCUAUCCGCCCAGCAACCAGGACAGCCUUCUCCAAGCUCCAGGAGCUGCGGCACGAGAACGUGGUCCUCUACCUGGGGCUCUUCCUCGGCAGCGGAGCGGGUGGCACCAUGGCCCCCGGGGAGCGCAUGCUGGCCGUGGUCUCCGAGCACUGUACCCGGGGCUCCCUCCACGACCUCCUCGCCCAGAGAGACAUAAAGCUGGACUGGAUGUUCAAGUCCUCCCUCCUCCUGGACCUCAUCAAGGGAAUGAGGUAUCUGCACCACCGAGGCGUGGCCCACGGGCGCCUUAAGUCACGGAACUGCGUGGUGGACGGGAGGUUCGUGCUGAAAGUCACCGACCACGGUCAGGGGCGCCUGCUGGAAGCGCAGAGGGUGUUGCCGGAGCCUCCCAGCGCGGAGGACCAGCUGUGGACAGCCCCGGAGCUGCUUCGGGACCCGGCCCUGGAGCGCAGGGGAACGAUGGCGGGUGACGUCUUCAGCCUGGGCAUCAUCAUGCAGGAGGUCGUGUGUCGCAGCGCCCCCUACGCCAUGCUGGAGCUGACCGCCGAGGAAGUGGUGGAGAGGGUCCGAAGUCCCCCUCCACUGUGCCGGCCCUCCGUGUCCGUGGACCAGGCGCCCACGGAGUGCAUCCAGCUGAUGAAACAGUGCUGGGCAGAGCAGCCGGACCUCCGGCCCUCCAUGGACCGCACCUUCGAGCAGUUCAAAAGCAUCAACAAGGGCCGGAAAACGAACAUCAUUGACUCCAUGCUGAGGAUGCUGGAACAGUACUCCAGCAACCUGGAGGACCUGAUCCGGGAGCGCACGGAAGAGCUGGAGCUGGAGAAGCAGAAGACAGACCGGCUGCUGACGCAGAUGCUGCCCCCUUCUGUGGCCGAGGCUCUGAAGACGGGGACACCUGUGGAGCCCGAGUAUUUUGAGGAGGUGACUCUGUACUUCAGCGACAUCGUGGGCUUCACCACCAUCUCGGCCAUGAGUGAGCCCAUCGAGGUGGUGGACCUGCUCAACGACCUCUACACGCUCUUUGACGCCAUCAUCGGCUCCCACGACGUCUACAAGGUGGAGACAAUUGGGGACGCCUACAUGGUGGCCUCGGGGCUGCCCCAGCGGAACGGGCAGCGGCACGCGGCGGAGAUCGCCAACAUGGCUCUGGACAUCCUCAGUGCCGUGGGCUCCUUCCGAAUGCGCCACAUGCCCGAGGUGCCCGUGCGCAUCCGCAUCGGCCUGCACUCGGGCCCGUGCGUGGCGGGCGUGGUGGGCCUCACCAUGCCGCGGUACUGCCUGUUUGGGGACACGGUCAACACCGCCUCGCGCAUGGAGUCCACGGGGCUGCCUUACCGCAUCCACGUGAACAUCAGCACCGUCCAGAUUCUCCGCGCCCUGGACGAGGGCUUCCAGACGGAGGUGCGCGGCCGCACGGAGCUGAAGGGCAAGGGCGCCGAAGACACGUACUGGCUGGUGGGCAGGCGCGGCUUCAACAAGCCCAUCCCCAAACCGCCGGAUCUGCAGCCGGGGGCCAGCAACCACGGCAUCAGCCUGCAGGAGAUCCCCCUGGAGCGGCGCCUGAAGCUGGAGAAGGCGAGGCCGGGCCAGUUCUCCGGGAAGUGAGGCGCGCAGCGCAGCGGGAACAGGAGUAUUCCGGAAGGUCCUUUUUCUGAAAGUUGCUGCUAUGGGUGACCAACAGUCUGGCUGAUACCAGUGGCUUCUGUCCGGCUCUGCCUCAAAGGAUUCUGGGCCUUUACACCUGCUGUGUGACCUCGGGAAAGUCUCGUGCACUCUCUGGGCUUGGAUUUCCCUCAUGAUGAAAUAAGGAGUGGCCUAGGUGGUUUCUGUGCUCCUAAGCUUCUGGAUGGCCUGGGUGUAUGGGCGCCGGCCCCAGUAACUCUGAGCCCAUCAGGAGAGGUGGGGCUGGGGAUUCUCCACUUUCCAGGGCCUCCCAGGGCCCCAGGAAGGAAGGUCUGGGGUUGGAAUCCCCAACCCCAGAGGAGGCAGAGACCUGCGGUUCCCCCGGAGCAGGGGUUUGUGGCCUGAGGAUUAGCCUCUGCUUAGCCUCGAUAGUCCUUCCCUUCUCCCGCCCCCCCCCCCCCACCGCGAGUCAGAAACCGGCCCCUUCUGUGGGCAUCGCCGU